CGGGACUCGAAAACAAGGAAGUGGGCGCAGAUUCCCAUUAAUGAAAACAAAGUAGACGUGGCUCCGUAGAGGAGCACUCUGCCACAGAUUACCACAGCGACGCAGUUAAUUAUACCCCGAGUGAAGCUCCGAAUGAAAGCCGCCAGAGGGAACAUGUUGGGUGCUGGAACAUCCAACAACAAGGUCAAGUAUUCGCGGCUCGCUGCUGAUGACGACGGCUACAUAGACCUACAGUUCAAGAAAAGUCUGCCCAAGGUCCCCUACAAGGCGAUCGCUCUGGCCAUAUUCCUGUUUGUCAUUGGCUCCUCACUGAUCAUCUUCGGGGCUCUUCUUCUGUCAGGAACCAUAAAGGUGGAGCACCCGGACCGCACCAUUCCCGUCAUCAUCAUAGGAGUGCUCGUUUUCCUUCCCGGAUUUUACCAUUUGAGAAUUGCCUACUACGCCGCAAAGGGUUACCGGGGUUACUCCUACGAUGACAUCCCAGAUUUCGGCGACUGAGCAGCUGCUGGUUUGCCUCACUGUGAACCCAGAGACUGUUCCCUGCUGUUUUACUCCCAAUGAAUGUAGCAAAGGGGACAGAACUUUACAUCACUGUUCUGCUGUGGAGACUUUGGCUGAUUUUUGAUGUUAUUAUUUGUCCUUUAUUCAAUGCUCUGGAAAAACGCUCCUAAAACUGACGAGACAUUUUAGGACAGCGCACACAUGCCUUCUAGUGUUAGAAAGUCCAAAGGCUGGACAACAGGUGCUUAGAGCAGUUAUCCUAAACUAAUAUUUAUUAGUGGCUGUAGCCCAUAGGACUUAAUGUAAAGCUGGCGGGGGGGCUGUAUUCCUCCUGAAGUAUUAUAUUUGCAGUACCAUCCAAAGAUUGAACGCUUCAGCCUAUUUUAUACUGAACUGUGUUACUUUCCUCAUGAAGUAUUGCUGUUUGUGCAUAUUCAUUUGUUUUUGAAUAUCAGAUAAAGAUGUCUUUUUCAUGUGCAUUUGCUUGAUUAUGAGGAAAUGCCUGAAUAAAAGUAGAAAUGUGAUUUAUAAUCUCAA